UUUUUAGAAAUGGCAGCAAUCGAAGUUACACAUGAAGCCAAAGUCUGGGAUUGGCCACUUCAAAGCCAUGAGGGUGUUGUAAAGGUAGUCAACACUAACGACAAAUUUGAAGUUGGACUUGAUGCACAAUUCUUUUCACCAAAAGAAAUAGAAGUGAAAGUAUGUGGACAAGAACUGCUGAUUCAUUGCAGACAUGAGUCCCGCUCUGAUGAACAUGGCACAGUGUCGCGUGAAGUGAAUCGUGCCUACAAGCUGCCUUCAGAUGUUGAUGUGAACUCCGUGAAAAGUCAUCUCACCAACAGAGGAGUGUUGAAUAUCACCGCCAGCAAGGUUAAGUAGAAAAUUACUGCCUCACCUUCUCUUUCAUGUCAAGUGAACUGCUUGAAGUGACAGCAUCAAUUAUAUCAUGUCU